AUGUUGGAAAGUGGUCAUAACAUGCAACAAUCUGGCAGAGUUCAGAACAGCAGAGGACAGAAGCUGCUGUCUGUAGUGGAGGAUUUUAUUGUGAAAGAGCUGCAGGAAAUCAGCGGCAGUCUUCUCACGCUGCUCCAUGUUUUCCAUCCAAAGCUCCAGAAGGUCCCAGCAGAGCAGCUCGCUGUCCUGAAGCUUCUGUUCAUCUUUGACGGCCUGGAUGAAAGCAGACUCUCACUGGACUUCAGCCGCAGGAAGGUUGUGUCUGACGUCACACACACGUCAUCGAUCAACGUGCUGCUGACCAACCUCAUCCAGGGGAACCUGCUUCCCUCGGCUCUGGUCUGGAUCACUUCCCGACCCGCAGCGGCCCAUCAGAUCCCUCCUACGUGUGUGGACAGGGUCACAGAAGUACAAGGCUUCACCGAUGCCCAGAAGGACGAGUACUUCAGGAGGAGAUCCAGCCACGAGCAGCUGUCCAGCAGAAUCAUCUCACACGUCAAGACGUCCAGAAGCCUCCACAUCAUGUGUCAGAUCCCAGUGUUCUGCUGGAUCACUGCUACGGUUCUGGAGCACAUGUUGACUACAGAGCAGAGAGGAGAGCUGCCCAAGACCCUGACAGACCUGUACUCACACUUCCUGCUGGUCCUGACCCAGAGGAAGAGGAACAAGUACCAUGAGGGACAUGAGACCAGUCCACAGGAGCUGACAGAGGCUGACAGGGAAGUUCUCCUGAAGCUGGGGAGGCUGGUGCUCAAACAUCUGGAGGAAGGAACCAUCAUGUUCUACCAAGAAGACCUGGAGCAGUGUGGUCUAGACGUCACAGAGGCCUUGGUUCACUCAGGAGUCUGUACAGAGAUCUUCAGGAGAGAGAGUGUGAUCUUCCACAAAACAGUCUACUGCUUUGUUCAUCUGAGCGUUCAGGAGUUUCUGGCUGCUGUUCACAUGAUGCACUGUUACACCAACGAGAAGGAGGGGAUGGAGAACUUCCUAAAAGAAUCCAAACACAGAGACUCAUCUCUGGAUGAGUUCAUGUAUAGAACCAUGUCUAAAUCCCUCCAGAGUCCAAGUGGCCACCUGGACCUGUUUGUUCGCUUCCUUCAUGGCCUCUGUCUGGAGUCCAACCAGAGAAUCUUAGGAGGUUUGUUGGGUCACACAGAGACCAGUCCAGAAACCAUCCAGACAAUCAUCAACAACCUGAAGGAGAUGAACAGUUAUAAAAUCUCUCCAGACAGAAGCAUCAACAUCUUCCACUGUCUGAUGGAGAUGAACGACCACUCAGUCCAUCAGCAGAUCCAAGAGUUCCUGAAGUUGGAGAACAGAUCAGAGAAGGAACUCUCCCUGAUCCACUGCUCAGCUCUGGCCUACAUGCUGCAGAUGUCAGAGCAGGUUCUGGAUGAGUUGGACCUUAACCAGUACAGCACAUCACUGGAGGGACGACGGAGACUGAUCCCAGCUGUGAGGAACUGCAGAAAGGCUCAACUUACUGUGAAGUUGUGGCCUCAGCUCUGAAGUCCAACCCGUCACAUCUGACACAACUGUACCUGAGUUUGAACGACCUGCAGGACUCAGUGAAGGUUCUCAGUGUGCUGGACUGGAGAGUCCUCACUGUCGACUGGAGACUCUGAGAUUGAUUUGCUGCAGUUUGUCAGAGAUCAGCUGUGAUUCUCUGGUCUCAGCUCUGAAGUCCAACCCGUCACAUCUGAAACAUCUGGACCUGAGUGAGAACAAGCUGCAGGAUUCAGGAGUGAAGCAUCUGUGUGGUUUU